GCCCCAAGGUCAAUGAAUCAGCAAAACCAUGAUGGAUGAGAACCUCGGUGCCGGUCUCUUUGAGGGCCUGGGCAAAGUCCUCUCCAAGAUGGUUGUUCCCAAGCAAUUUGGGCCCGUAGGUCUUGUUUGUUCCCGGGUUGAGCGGAUCUUCAUGCUCGAAUGUCCAGUUGCCGUAUUCAUCGAUUACCGCUUGAUCGGCCGCAUAGCCCAGUGCUAUAAGGGGGCGAUGGACUGCUUCUCUCGUUGUUUCUUCACCGGCGUCGGGGUAGAGGGGUACGUCCAUAAGAAGCGUGAGCGUCAUGUUCUCUCUCCGGAUGGCGUCUAUGACCAGAUCAGCGUACGGACGAUAGAACAGAUGGUGUGAGCUUAUCACUGCACACUUGGUGUAGCCGCGUGUCUUGAAGGGCGAGAGGAUGCCCUGACCGACUUCAGGAGAUAAGGGAUAUUUGUCAAACACGAAUGAAUCCGCUGAGACGGCGUCGAGCGACCAACCCACGGCAUGCAGGAGGUUCUUGUGCUGCGCAAGAGGGAGUAUAGCAUCGUAUUGGAGUCCAUAGCUUAUCAGCGCGACGUAGGUGUCGUUGGUCAGGGCAUCCAUCUGCUCCGCGGUCCAGCCAGAGAGAUCAUAUUGAAUGAUGUCUCGUUCGAGGCGAAUCGUCGUGUUCCCCGCCGUGAGCCGUUUGCCAUUCCAGUGGCCGCUGUUGAGGCGCUCAGAAAAGUAGUCGAAGGGUGGGAUGAUGUUCUGCUGGGGCCAUGGAGCCCAGAAUGCGUAGACGAGAACCGCAUACUUGACUGUCACCUCCGCUGGCUGGCCGCGAAUUGCAGGCGGCUGCGCGACGAGAAACAAAGAGAGCAGCAGCAGUGGGAGCAUGGCUGAAGGGCGAGCGGACGCAAGAGCAUGCGUGCCACAGUGGGGGGGGUUGGGGGCUUCGGGGGGCCCCGAGCCUCCCACUGCGAGUCAGCGCUGCCAGUGCCUGAGUCGAUUCGUUAGAGAUGCAUCCAUAAUCCCUCCUGGGGGGGGUAUCCAUUAUUCCAGCCAGCAAUGCACAUCUUCAACCACCAGCUCAAUGCACCCAUCCAACCACGAGAACGCAGCACACACGCCUAGCUCUUCUUUUCCUUGCGCUCUUCUCCCUGCUGUUGACCUGCCCCCUCCCCCUGCUGCUGCUGCCGUUGGUGCUCUUGCUCGGCCUGUGGUGGCUCCUUCGUGGCUAUCGUCACGUAACCCGUGUGACCUGUCCACCCACACCCACUUGGCCCGUGCGUGUGUGCGUUGGUGUGUGGGUAUGUAUGGCUGGAUGGAUGGCGCACCUCUGGUAGGCAUUGGAAAGGAGAGGGCCCCGCUUGGUGCUGCUGGCGUUGACGGUGAUGCUGACGGUGUGAGACUGCGGUGCGUCUGCUGGUGGCCAGUGUGGUGGAUGCCCCACUGGUGAUUCACACACUCGAAUGUCCGCACACCUGACACACACACGCACAGAAUACCCGCAUGAACACAUGGAUGGAUGGGCAUCUGGGUGCGUGCUGGCUUGCCUGUGUAGUUGGUGUUGGUGAGCAGGUCGGUCACCCGCUGCACCUGCUCGAUGCACGGCGCAAACACACACACGCGGCCGUUCACCUGCAGACACACAUACAGAGGUACAGGGGUAUUCCCUUUCUGUGUCUGUGCGCGUGUGUGAGACCUUGAGUGUCUUGUCGGCGUGUGGGAGUGCCAGCCAUGGCGCCGGCAUGUCGAGGAACACCCCGUCUGCCGCGCCAGUGAGGCUAUCGGGGAAGCCGUCCGCACAUACGUCACGAUGACCCGCCACUAUCGGCACACUCAACGACUCAUCAGCACCACCGUCGGCACCACCAGACGAAGAUGCUGCUGCCGCUAACUCUCCAUCGGCCACUGGCGGUGGUUGUGGUGUGUCGCGACCAAACCAGAGACGGAAAUUCUCCCUAUUGGACACGCAAUGAGGAGGUGACUCGUCCAGUCUGCUGUCCUCUGUGUGGGACCGAGUGUUCGGCUCGGUUCGCUGACUCACUGGUUCUGUGUGAAUCGCUGUUGGUUGAACUCAAAUGUGAACAGGCGACCGCCGGGCGACACAGCACGACCCAGACUGCUGCUCAGCGAGCCGCUCCCUGUGCCUACACAUGACAACCACUCAGACAACACCUCAUGAUCAGAUGCGUGCUGUUGAGCUUUGUGCCGCACCCCACCCCCUCCCAGCCACCUGCUUCGAUGAUGGUUCGUCCCGGCCUGGCGUCCAGCAGCAUCAGAAUCAAACUGAUGUCCGCAUGACGCUGAUGUAAACACACACACAGAGAGGUGAGUGCAGGCCUUUCAUUCAUUCAUCGGUCUGUGUGGCUAUAUUGCUGACCACGAUCUGUGUCCUCAGCUGCACCGAGAGGGUGAUGAGCUCCGGCGACGGUGCCAACGCCGCCACCCACCCGGCACGACCCGAACGACCCACGGCAGCCUCCCUCUCUGAUGGCCCGGCCUCAUCGCCACCCUCAACAUUGCCGCCACUCUCAGCCUCGCCUGUCUGGGGCCCAUCCGAGCGCUCCAGCCGCCGAGCCUUGGCCGGCCGUGGCAGAACCGACCCCUCGGAGUAGAUCUGAUGAAUACACACACACACACACACAGACACACACAUGGACACAGGAGAGGCGCGACUGAGGUGCGGUGCACCCUUGCUUUGCUUGCCUUCGUGCCGUAUGGUCGUCCGAUGAUGUCGUCGUGCCUGAAUCGGCCGUACUUGUUCUGCACCACGGCGCCCCUCGCCAGCCUCACCCCUGUGAUGCUCUCGCUCGUGCCAUAGAGCAACACGUAAGACCCCUCGCGCAUCACAUCGCCCGCCGGAUCACCGUCUGUUGCAUCGGCCGACAUCACGCACACGCGGGCCCUGCAGCACAACACAAGAAACAACCAUGUGCAACCGUGCGAAUGACAGAGUGUUAGCAUCGGACCUUGGAGCACAGAUAUAAAUGGGAGAUCUUCUGCUUUUGUUGGUUGAGUUGAGUGAGUAUGGCCUCACAGACGACGACGACUUCUUCUUCCUCUUUCCCACAAAGGUUUUCGGAAUUCGUCUGCGAGCUUGGCUGUGAGCUCCCCUCUUUUUCGGUGUUUUUUCGUGCGCCACUUCUCCUUAGACACCUCUGCGGCUGGUGCGGCAAGCAUUCGGCCAAUGACAU